GUCCUCUGCGCAGGCGCCAAGACGGCAUUUCCGGGUACGACAUGUCAUAUAAAUACGCUGAUCUACUGCUCGACCGUCGUUAGAAAACACAAAGCCAAUGAUUCCCAUAUGUCCAGUGGUGUCCUUCACCUAUGUGCCCAGCCGGCUCGGUGAAGAUGCCAAAAUGGCUACCGGCAAUUACUUUGGAUUCACCCACGGCGCUGCCGCCCAGUACAGUCAGCAGCCGACUGCCGGGGUAGCGUACACACACCCCACCACAGUGGCCAGUUACACGGUUCAUCAAGCACCUGUGGCGGCACACACGGUGGCGGCAGCCUACGCUCCCACUGCAGCCACGGUUGCUGUAGCUCGGCCUGCGCCCGUCUCAGUAGCGGCUGCUACUGCUGCAGCUUAUGGAGGAUACCAGCCAACCCACGCGGCCACGGACUACGGCUACCCUCAGCGCCAGCCGGAGGUCCCUCCACCCCCACCGCCUGUCACCUCUCAGAACUACCAGGUACAAAACUACCAGGACUCCUACUCCUAUGUCCGGUCCACAGCUCCUGCUGUGGCGUAUGACACUAAGCAGUACUACCAACAGCCUACUGCUACUGCGGCGGUCGCUGCUGCACAGUCACAACCCAGCGUGGCAGAUUCCUACUACCAAACAGCCCCCAAACCAGGAUAUAGCCAGGGGGUGACCUCAUACACCCAGAGCCAGCAGACUCGACAGGUGACUGUGAUAAAGCCAGCUGCUCCCAGUCCAGCCUCGUCCACCUUCUCCAUCUACCCAGUGACCUCCACUGUCCAGCCAGCCGCUGCGUCUGUGGUCCCUUCCUACUCCCAAAGCCCAACAUACAGCACCAAUGCUGUCACCUACUCCGGAACCUCGUACUCUGGUUAUGAGGCAGCAGUUUACUCUGCGGCCUCAAACUACUACCAACAGCAGCAGCAGCAGCAGCAGAAGCAGGCAGUGGCAGCUGUAGCAGCAACGGCAGCAUGGACGGGGAACACUUUCACCAAGAAACCCCCCUUCCAGAACAAGCAGCUUCGGCCCAAGCAACCGCCCAAGCCCCCUCAGAUCCACUACUGCGACGUCUGUAAGAUCAGCUGUGCCGGCCCGCAGACUUACAAGGAGCAUCUGGAAGGCCAGAAGCACAAGAAGAAGGAAGCGGCACUGAAGGUUUCCCAGAGCAGUAGCAGCAGCAGCGGUGGUGGAGGGGUGUUGGCCCGCAAUGCUCAGAACCAGCUCCGCUGUGAACUUUGCGAUGUCUCCUGCACUGGGGCCGACGCCUAUGCUGCCCAUAUUCGUGGAGCGAAACACCAGAAGGUUGUGAAGCUUCAUACCAAACUUGGUAAGCCCAUUCCCUCCACUGAGCCCAGCAUGGUCACUCAGACAUCUGCCUCCACCACGGCAGCUCCCAGCAAGACCACCACCGCUUCCCUGAGCAGCUCCAGCAGCACCAGCUCUCUGUGUGUGGCGGCCUCCUCCUCCUCCGCUGCCACCAGCUCCACCCCCCCCUACCUGAAACCUGUCAACAUAGUCAGCAGUGGUGUGGUGGGUUCCAAGAACACUUUAGCCAACAGCUUCUCUGCUGCCACCCCUGCCUCAGCUGGGAAGAAAGUCAACGCCCCCAAGAUCAAUUUUGUUGGUGGAAAUAAAUUACAGACCACAGCGAAGGUGGAUGAGGCCAAAGUGGAGGCCUCUAAGCCUGCAACGCCCUCUUCAGCUACUCAUGAUCCCAAGACCGACGUUUCAGAUUCUCUGUCCACAUCCGCCUUGGCCGCUCUGCAGAGCGACGUCCAGCCUGUCGGUCAUGACUAUGUGGAGGAAGUCCGCAACGAUGAAGGCAAAGUCAUCCGCUUCCAUUGCAAGCUGUGUGAAUGUAGUUUCAAUGAUCCAAACGCAAAGGAAAUGCAUCUCAAAGGUCGUAGGCAUCGCUUGCAGUACAAGAAAAAGGUGAACCCGGAUCUGCAGGUGGAGGUCAAGCCCAGCAUCCGAGCCAGAAAGAUUCAGGAAGAGAAGAUGAGAAAGCAGAUGCAGAAAGAAGAAUACUGGAGAAGAAGAGAAGAGGAGGAGCGCUGGAGAAUGGAGAUGCGGCGUUAUGAAGAAGACAUGUAUUGGAGACGUAUGGAGGAGGAGCAGCACCACUGGGAUGACCGACGGCGUAUGCCAGAUGGAGGGUAUCCACAGGGCCCUCCUGGCCCUCCGGGUCUCCUUGGAGUCCGACCUGGCAUGCCUGGCCUGCAGCCUCAGGGUCCUGUGCCCCCGCGUCGGCCCGAUUCUUCAGAUGACCGCUACGUCAUGACCAAGCAUGCAGCCAUCUACCCCUCAGAAGAUGAGCUCCAGUCCAUCCAGAAGAUUGUGUCCAUCACAGAACGGGCCCUCAAACUGGUCUCGGACAUAAUCACAGACCAGGACAAGGCCAAGGAGGAGGACAAAGAGGAGAAAGAGCCCUCUAAAGACAGAGCACUGAAGGGCGUGAUGCGGGUUGGCGUCCUGGCCAAAGGCUUGCUGCUCCGCGGGGACAAGAACGUCAACCUGGUCCUGCUCUGCUCGGAGAAGCCCACCAAGAGCCUCCUUAGCCGCAUCGUGGAGCACCUCCCCAAACAACUAACAAUUGUAACACCAGAAAAAUAUGAGGUCAGUGGAUCUAUCCAGGAAGCAGCGAUCAUUCUGACUUCCUGUGCCGAGCCAAAGAUGGAAGUGACGAUCACACUGACUUCACCUGUCAUCAGGGAGGAAAAUGGCCGGGAUGGAGAUGUAACCUCGGGUAUGGUGAAAGACCCAGCGGACGUCUUGGACAGGCAAAAAUGCCUUGACGCUCUGGCUGCUCUGCGCCACGCUAAGUGGUUCCAGGCUAGAGCCAAUGGACUUCAGUCCUGUGUGAUCAUCAUCCGAAUCCUGCGAGACCUGUGUCAGAGAGUUCCUACGUGGUCCACCUUCCCCGGAUGGGCCAUGGAGCUGCUGGUAGAGAAGGCCAUCAGUAGCGCCUCGGCCCCCCUCAGCCCGGGGGAUGCCCUGAGACGUGUCUUUGAAUGCAUUUCCUCUGGGAUCUUACUCCCUGGUGGGCCAGGAUUGGUAGAUCCCUGUGAGAAGAAGCUGGUGGAUACCCUCACAACGAUGGGCGAGCAGCACAGAGAGGAAAUUACCUCCAGUGCCCAGUUUGCUCUAAGGCUUCUGGCCUUCCGUCAGAUCCAUAAGGUUUUGGGUAUGGACCCUCUGCCGCAGAUGAACCCUCGCUUCAAUGUCCGCAACAGCCGCAAGCGUCGCCGUGACAACAGUGAUGGGACGGACAGCUUAGAGGGCGAAGGCAAAAAGGACAAGAAAGAUUAUGAUAGUUUCUAAGCAAGCUUCUCAAUCUAACCUCCAUACACCGAUGUACUCACGUGUUGUAUGCGCUGUUCCCUCAGUGUUGCUGUUCUCUUUCCUUUGUAACCACAGCCUCACUCUGCUCUCUAUCACACAAACAGAAAGCCAGUCUGUGUACUGUUUUAGUUGUAGAGUUCUUAAAGUCCUCUCUGUGCUAGAUAACGCUGUUUUUACCUGAUGUGUUGAGGCCAGUGACUCCUUAGGAGAUCAUAGGAUCACAAACAUGACGUCAUAUCUGUAUAGCUGCAUUCAGAGUUGGACUGUUGUAAAGCUUUCAUUUGGCCAACUAAAUUUCAAGUUUUUCUUUUGAAUAUGAAUAACCGCAUAAUGCAAGUGAUGUUUGAUGCUGUGGUCUUGUUAUGUCUCACUGCUCAGCUACACUAAAGAGAAAAGAUGCACAAAGAUUCAGAAGAACUUUAACUGUGGAUAGAUCUUUGUUAGUAGUGAAGUUGUCUGCCCUAAUCU